AUGACGCUGUGGAAUGGCUCCUACCCCUUCUACCCCGGUGCCAAUGCUCGUUUCCCCUUUGACACCACCCGGGCUGUCAUCAUCACCGUCUUCCUCUCCAUGUUGGCCACUUUCAUCAUCAUCCUGCCAGGAAUCAGAGGCAGGGGGCGACUCUUCUGGUUCCUGCGGCUGGUGAUGGGACUCUUCGUGGGAGCAGUGGUCCUCACCAUACAGUUCACCAGGGACUGGGAGACUGGCUGGGUGUCCCUUGGUGCCAUUGGCCCUCUGAACAGGUUGGCUUUCUGCACGUGGCUCAUUUCCAUCUUGCUAUUCUCCAUGUCCAUCCUGCUCCACGGUGGUUACAUGCUUUUGCUCACUGCUGCACUGAUCCUCUUCUCACUGCUCUUCUUCUUCACUGCGAGGAACACCCCCAAGUGCCCCAUCUGGUUUGGCCCAGUUUCCUUGAAAACAGACUAUGGUGAAUCCUUCUGGCUGACAUUAGUGACAGGGCUGCUGUGCCUGCUGCUGGGUUUGGGUGUCAUCAUCCUGAACUCCAUGGAGCCGGAGAAGCUGAAGCUCAUCUUUAACCUGGACAAGAAAAAGGGAGCAGAGGAGGUGUGGGACAAGCCCUGCCUGCUGGCCGAGCCCAGCUGCUCCGUGCAGGACGUGUGGAUGGUCCCACCGGCCGAGCUCUCCGAGGUGACAGCCACCCAGCUGUGA